GACCGAUCGUUUCUUUCUUCUUUCAGAUAGCAACCUCAGUUCUUACUUACUCCGUGACCGAAAAGGCCACUCGAGCCUGUUGACGAGCUAGGCCCAACGCCGGGAAACAAGGCACACACCAGCAUGGGGGCCGCGGUGGCGAAGGCGCUCGAAUACACCGCCGACGCGCCGGGGACGUUAGCGGAGGCCCGGCUCGCCGUCGCCGCGCACGCCGUGCUCCAGUGGGACCGCUCCCCCGACGCCGACGCCGGCAUAUGGGACGCGGAGGCGACCUGCGCCAGCCGAAGCCUCCUCUCGGCGGUCGACGAGAUCCUCCACCUCAAGGAGAUCCACGCGUUCCCCAUGGCCUCCUCGGCUCGCCGCCGCAUGGACACCGCCCUCGGCGUCGCCAUGUCGCGCCUAAUGGAUGAGUUCCUCCUCCUCAGGGUCUGGGACGCUUCCCAGCUGGAGGGCGGGCAUGGUCUUCGCGUCGCCAUCGAGAGGCUAUCGGUCUCAGUACUAGCUCCCGGCGGUAGCGGCGUGUGUCUCGCAUUCCCCACCGGGGGAAGCAUCAGCACCGGGGAGCUUAGCGUGAGCACCACCGACGAGCUCCACGCGUCCGACAUGAGCCUUUCGAGCUGGCCCGACAUGCUGACAGCCUUCGUGGAUGGCACUGCGGGUCUACAUGAGAUCCACGCGGAUGACCUCCAUCUGAUCCGCCCGGCAAGCUUGCCUGUCCUCCAUGAGAUCGCGCUGCGGGUCAUCCGCGCCGGGUACACGAAAGAGUUUCUCCAAACAUUCGCCAAGGCCCCCUGCCAUGUUUUGGACAGGUUCUUAUCAAUCCUUCAGCUGGAUCGGUCUUUCUUUGCGGCCAACCGAAUCAACUUCGAGGAUGCGGAGUGGUGGGCAACGGAGGACAUGGUGAAGCGGUGGAUCUUGGCGACUAAGCUCAUCGAGAAGGCCCUCGUCGUCAUGCAAAGGCAGCUCAUGGCGCAGGAAUGCGGAGCCUUCGAUAGGUUCAAGGACGCCUACUUCAUGGCCAUCGCAAAGCAAGGCAUCCUCGUCUUGUUCAAGUUUGCGGACGGGUUCACCAGCACCCGAUCACCGGAGAAGCUCAUCUAUGUCCUGGAAUUGUACGAGGCACUAAGCAACUCUGCUCCUGCCCUCCUGCCCCUGUUUACCGGGCAGCACGCGGAGCUCAUCUCCCGGCAGUUGCCCAUCGUCCUCGCCAAGCUGGCCCGCGCGUUGAGGGCCGCCAUCGACGACCUCAUCACCAAGAUCCGAACAGACUGCUCCCAAGCAGUGAGCGAGACGCUCGGCGUCGGCGUCCAUCCGCUGGCGCGGCACGCUAUGACCUGCGUAGAGCUGCUGGCACCGCACCGCGCCGCGCUGGACCUGAUCCUCGUGAACGGCGGCGAAGACGAAGGCGGUGCCGAGGGCGUGACGCCGUUCGGCAGCCGCGCCUCGGAGCUCAUCGCGGGCCUGGAACGCAACCUGGACGAGAAAUCCGCGCUCGCCUGCGCGGGCGGCUCGCAGUCGUCGCGCCACCUCUUCCUGGCCAACAACACAGACUUCGUGCUGAACCGCGCCGCGGACGCCGGCGUCGCGUCUCUGCUCGGGGACGAGUGGGCGGCGCGGCGUCGGAGCCGGCUCGAGCAGCACGCGGCGAGCUACAUCCAGGCCUCCUGGGGCCCUGUCGUCGCGUGCCUGGAGACCGCGGCCGUGGGUGGCCGCGGGAAGCCGGCGAAAGCGCUCGCAAAAUUCAACGCCGCGUUCGAGAAGGCGCACGGCAGCCAGGUGUGCCGCGAGGUCCCGGAUCCCGCGCUCCGGGCGGCCAUGCGGCUGGCCGUGAAGGAGACGGUGGUUACUGCUUACAGCGCGUUUCUGCAGAAGCACCCCAGGCUUGGAAAAUCCGUCAGGUACACGGCUGAUGAUCUGGUCGAAUCUCUGUCGGAAUUGUUCGAAGGAGAUGCUGCGGAUGGAGGAAAAUCGUAGCGCAAAUGUGUAUUUCGCCCCUAGAGGCAUGUGUGUUGUCACGGGUGCUUCGCCGUCGUGUUGCACUGAUAUUCGUGGGCUUCAUGAAUCUGUCAGAUAAGUUUUGCCCCUCUUUUGAUCUGCCUGAACCUCCUUUUUCCUUGGUGGAUGA